CUGCUCCUGCAGACGCAGCUGGGAGCUAUACCGAAGCCUGGGCAUGGAGCUGCCGGAUCAGGUUCGCCUGCGGCUGGGAAACUUCAGCCGGACCAUGUUCAGCGACUCCAACCGGACCGGGCCAGAGUAUACCGAGGGUCCGGAACAAGUACGUUCCACCACAAGGCGGUUUUCUGGCAGAAGAGAUGGAAAGAAGUUUUUUUAAUGAGUCAUUUUAAAUCACUAUCCACUCCAGAGUAACAGUGGCUACACUAGCAUUACUUUCAACAAAACUCUCCCUUUCCCUGCCUUCUCUUUCCCCUCCCUGUAUAAACUCUUUCUCUGAAUUUCGUAGCAGAAUAUCAACAUAAGACAAGUCAGAAGACAGUUUACUCCAAAACAGUUUCCCCAUCUUACAUCGUGAUGAUAGACAACAUAUUGUCAACCAAACCCAUGUAGUUUUUAUCACCGAACUUUGCUGGAAGUAGAAAUCUUUUCCUCUUGCUUGGUAUAGGUUUUAGGGUCAGAGAAAGAUAAUGAAAUGGUUUCCAGUUUGGCAUUGCAGAUGUCACUUUAUUUUAACACUUACUUUUUCCCACUUUGGUGGGUGAGCAGCGUUAUGAUGCUUCAGAUGAAGUAUUCGAUCUUGCCUGAUUACUACAAAUUCAUUGUGGUCACUGUUAUCAUCCUAAUAACCUUAAUCGAAGCUAUCAGGUUGUAUCUAGGCUACAUGGGUAAUCUACAGGAAAAGGUUCCUGAGUUGGCUGGCUUUUGGCUUUUGAGCCUUCUAUUGCAGUUGCCUUUAAUUCUUUUCUUGCUCUUUAAUGAAGGCCUAACGAAUCUGCCCUUGGAAAAAGCAGUACACAUCAUCUUCACUAUGUUCCUUACUUUCCAAGUUGUUUCAGCAUUUCUUACCUUGAGGAAAAUGGUAAAUCAGUUGGCAACUCGUUUCCACCUCCAAGACUUUGACCGGCUCUCUGCAAAUAGAGGAGGCAUGAGAACAAUGAGAUCCUGUAUAGAAGAGAUUUGACCCAGUGCUGUUGAGUGAAAAUCUUAAAGAUUAUUCCAGAAGACUGUAAUAGUUAUGAAAACAGAGAUCUAGCACGAGAUAAAGGACAAAUCAAGUUUUGGAAUUGUAUACCCUCUAGUUCUAAAACUCCAAAUGUGGGGGCAAUGAUUAGACUGUACAGUACAUGAAAGCAGUAAGUCAACUCUAAAGUCUUAAUAUUGUCCACCUAAUGCCAAAUAUCUUAAUUUUUAGGUUGUUGUUGACUUUCUCAGGUGUGUAGAAUUCUAUGUUGGUGGUCACAGUUUACCAGCUUUACUGUAAUAUUUCUAGUUAGCACCUGUAACUAGAAAUGUGUAUAUUUCUUUUAAACUUGGUUGGUAACCAUGUCUUGGCAGUACAUCUAAAGCACAUGAAAAUGCUUGUCAAUAUUCUGGUGUAUUAGACUGUAUUUGUAAACCAAGACACCAAAUGUUCAUGUCUGCUAGGGUUAAAUUCUAACCCUAGUCAUAUCUAUUACACUGAAGUUAAGAAGAAAACAGGUGGAUUAUCAUGGUACUUAGGAAAUAUUUUUAUCACAAAAUUAUAACUUUUAUAAAACCAUGUUCAGUAUUUAUGGUGAUGGUGGUGUGCAAAAUGUCUUUACAAUAAAUUAUAAAAUAUUUUUAUUAACAUCUGCAACAAA